AUGGCUGACCGAGGCGGUGCCGGUGCUGACCGAGGCGGUGCUCGAGGAGGUGGUUUCGGCGCCCGAGGUGACCGCGGCGGCGAUCGUGGACGUGGUCGCGGCCGUGGCCGUGGCCGACGUGGAGGCAACAAGGACAGCGAGAAGGAGUGGAUGCCCGUCACCAAGCUGGGCCGUCUCGUGAAGGCUGGCAAGAUCAAGAGCAUGGAGGAAAUCUACCUGCACUCGCUGCCCAUCAAGGAGUACCAGAUCGUCGACUUCUUCCUGCCUAAGCUGAAGGAUGAGGUUAUGAAGAUCAAGCCCGUCCAGAAGCAGACCCGUGCCGGUCAGCGAACCCGAUUUAAGGCCAUCGUCAUCAUCGGUGACUCCGAGGGUCACGUUGGUCUUGGUAUCAAGACCUCCAAGGAAGUCGCUACCGCUAUCCGCGCCGCCAUCAUCAUCGCCAAGCUGAGCGUCAUCCCCGUCCGUCGUGGCUACUGGGGUACCAACCUUGGUCUGCCUCAUUCCCUGCCCGUCAAGGAGAGUGGAAAGUGCGGUUCCGUCACAGUCAGACUCAUCCCAGCCCCGCGUGGUACCCAAAUUGUCGCCUCGCCCGCCGUCAAGCGUCUCCUCCAGCUCGCUGGUGUCGAGGACGCCUACACCUCGUCUUCCGGAUCCACCAAGACCCUCGAGAACACCCUGAAGGCCACGUUCGCCGCCAUCUCCAACUGCUACGGCUUCUUGACCCCCAACCUGUGGACCGAGACGAAGCUGAUCCGAAGUCCGCUGGAGGAGUACGCGGACACUCUGCGGGAGGGCAAGAAGUACUAG